CCUAAUUGCACAAGCAAGAAGUGUAAAUCUCGUCAUGUCUUGAAAGCCUCUGCAGGUCCCUUUUCUUACCAGAAGUUCAUUCAUUUCGCCCUCGACGAAACCAAACGGCGAACCCUUUUGGUCCCUUCUCCUCUCCAGUAAUUGUACUCAACGUUGGUCAUUGCACAAAUAUGGACCUUGAUGGUCAUACAGUUGAAGAUAGUUUCUCAUUCCCUCCCCAAUUUACUGACGUGGAUUACACAGCAUUAGGACACUAGUAUCAGACACAAUGACCUCUAGAGUCUACAAUUCUCAGUUCUUUCAGCACUCUGUUUCAGAUGGCUGUGCCUUCUGGUUUCUGCAGAAGGAAAAACUUGUGGUUAGUCAGUUUAUUGAUUUCUUGCUACGUAAUCAGCCAAAUUCAAAGAAAUUCUUUUACUGAUUGCUGCACACUGAAUUUCAAUAAACAAACAAAACUCUUUGGAAGCUGAAAACAAUCGAUUAUUUUAGUUGUAUAUUAUGAUUACAUAUAUCACAAGAAGAACUUUUUUGAGACCAGGAGAAAUAUAGUUCCAUGACUGCAAUGGAUGGAACAACAGAACUUCAAAUGCUUUCAUUCCAAGCCCCCAAGAUGAGACUCCUACGUAGUUUGAGCAUUGAAAAUGAAGCAAUCCAGAUUUUGGAUUUUGCUGUUUUUUCCAGACCUGAAUUUGAUGUACCCAUAUUUUGUGCCAACUUUUUCACCACUGCUACCAUGAACAUCAUUGUGUUGGACCUCAACCCCUUGCACAAUGUCAUUGACCAAAGAAACUACAAGGAAAAGUACUUUAAGAGAUUAAUUCCUUUAGGUCUCAGGUAUAGCGAGCUUUUUCCUUGGGGAGGAAAGCUCACAAGCGAGUCCUUGAAGUUUUUCUCGCCGAUCGUGAUAUGGACCAAGUUUCCUCCGAGUCAGGAUAGAUAUGAAUGUUUAUAUUCUGCUUUCAAAGAGUACUACAAGGCAUGGCUUGAAUUGAUUGCCCAAGCACCAGAGGAGAUAGAUGCAUCUUAUAUUAAAUGCAAUCGUGAAGCGCAGCAUAAGUAUCUAACAUGGAGAGCAGAAAAGGAUCCCGGCCAUGGAAUUCUUAAAAGGUUGAUUGGAGAAAGGCAUGCACAGGACUUGGUUAGAGACUUCCUCUUCAAUGGACUUGAUGAACUAGGAAGUAAAGGGUUUUUGGAUUACUUUCCAGAAUAUCGCUGUGAAGAUGGGUCUGUAAAUGAGAAGCGCAGCAUCCUUGGAAAGUCUUUUGAAAAUCGUCCUUGGGAUGCAAGAGGAGAAUUCAUCGGUGAUGAUAUUAAAAUCUAGGUUAGUAUACCGUCUUCCCGAUGAGUUCUCUGGUUUUUCUCAUCCUGUGUCUUUAUGAUUCACCUUUUCUCUAAAUUUAGGGAAUUUUGCUCGUCUGUAAUCUCCCUAAGAAGAAUAGAGACAUCCCCUUGCAUCAUAUACUGAAUUUGUGUAGUGAAUUUACCAAGUUUGAUACUGUAUUUGUGUAUUUACCAAGUUUACAUUUUGUCAGGAAUAUAUCAUUAGGAACACCCCUAUAUCACAUUUUGUACUCCAUUUACUAUAUUUGUGUAUUUAAUUA